AUAGGAUGCAUCAAGACAAAGAAGAGAAAGAAAGAAGACUGUUUCCUUCAGCAGCAUGCCAACAGAGAAGAAAAUCAGUAGUGCCAGUGACUGCAUUAACUCCAUGGUGGAAGGUUCUGAACUCAAAAAAGUCAGAUCCAAUUCAAGAGUAUAUCAUAGAUAUUUUCUUUUAGAUGCAGAUAUGCAGUCCCUAAGAUGGGAACCCUCAAAGAAAGAAUCUGAAAAAGCAAAAAUUGAUAUAAAAUCCAUUAAGGAGGUGCGGACAGGAAAGAACACUGAAAUUUUCCGUACCAACGGUAUUUAUGAUCAGAUAUCUGAAGACUGUGCAUUUUCAGUCAUAUAUGGAGAAAACUAUGAAUCAUUGGACUUGGUAGCAAAUUCUGCAGAUGUUGCAAACAUUUGGGUAACUGGGCUUAGAUACCUGGUGUCCUAUGGAAAACAUACCCUUGAUAUGAUUGAGAGCAGUCAAAAUAACAUGAGGACUUCGUGGCUGUCUGACCUCUUUGCUGAGGCAGAUAUUAAUGGUGUUGGUGAAGUGAAUUUGAGCACAGCAGUGCAAAUGAUCAAAAACCUUAAUUCUGGACUAAAGCACAGCAAAAUAGAGUUGAAGUUUAAAGAAUUUCACAAAGCUAAAGACAAAAUAGGAGAUAACGUUAUAAAGGAGGAAUUCAUCGAAGUGUUCCAUGAACUUUGCACCAGACCUGAAAUCUACUUUCUUUUGGUUCAGUUCUCAAGCAAUAAAGAGUUCCUUGAUACCAAGGAUCUCAUGAUGUUUCUGGAAGCCGAGCAGGGAAUGGCCCAAGUGAGCGAAGAAAUGAGUCUUGAAUUGAUUCACAAGUACGAACCGUCAAGGGAAGGACGAGAGAAGGGUUGCCUCUCCUUGGAUGGAUUUACGAAUUACCUCAUGUCAUCCGAGUGCCAAAUAUUUGACCCUGAACAUACAAAAGUGUGUCAGGACAUGAAACAACCCUUGUCUCAUUAUUAUAUUAAUUCUUCUCAUAAUACCUAUUUGAUAGAAGACCAGUUUCGUGGCCCUUCUGACAUCACAGGAUAUAUUAGAGCCCUUAAAAUGGGCUGUCGGAGUGUUGAGAUGGAUGUUUGGGAUGGUCCAGACAACGAGCCUGUUAUAUAUACAGGCCACACUAUGACAUCACAAAUUGUCUUCCGUAGUGUGAUUGACAUUAUUAACAAAUACGCUUUUGUAGCUUCUGAAUACCCCCUGAUUCUUUGUUUAGAAAAUCAUUGUUCUGUUAAGCAACAGAAAGUCAUGUCUCAGCAUAUUAAAAAGAUCCUUGGAGACAAAAUCUAUACGGACUGCCCAAAUGUGAAUGACACUUACCUGCCAUCUCCUGAUGGUCUAAAAAACAAGAUCUUACUGAAAGCCAAGAAGCUUGCGCAAAACUGCAGCGGUCUGGAGGGAGAUGUGACCGAUGAAGAUGAGGGAGCAGAGAUGUCACAAAGAGUGGCUAAUGAAUCUGGAGAACCUCAGACCAUGGUCGCCCAGAAGAGGUUUAAGCUUUCCAAAGAACUUUCUGACAUGGUGAGCCUUUGUAAGUCGGUGGCAUUCAAUGAUUUCCAGUUUUCCUUCCAGAGCCAGAAAUAUUGGGAAAUGUGUUCUUUCAAUGAAGUUUUAGCAACCCGCUUUUCUAAUGACUGUGCUGGAGAUUUUGUGAAUUAUAAUAAAAGGUUCCUUGCCAGAGUUUUCCCAAGUCCCAUGAGGAUAGAUUCUAGUAACAUGAAUCCCCAGGACUUCUGGAAAUGUGGAUGCCAGAUAGUAGCCAUGAAUUUUCAAACUCCAGGCUUAAUGAUGGAUCUUAAUAUUGGCUGGUUCCGACAAAAUGGAAAUUGUGGAUUUGUGCUCCGGCCUGCUAUUAUGAGGGAAGAAGUGUCCUACUUUAGUGCCAACACUAAGGAUUCAGUUCCAGGAGUUUCGCCUCAGCUUCUUCACAUUAAGAUCAUUAGUGGGCAGAACUUUCCAAAACCCAAGGGCUCUGGUGCAAAGGGUGAUGUUGUCGAUCCUUAUGUCUAUGUGGAAAUUCACGGAAUACCAGCUGACUGUGCUGAACAGAGGACCAAAACUAUAUAUCAGAACGGAGAUAAUCCUAUUUUUGAUGAGAGCUUCGAGUUCCAAAUCAACCUGCCAGAGCUGGCCAUGGUUCGCUUUGUGGUGCUGGAUGAUGACUACAUUGGAGACGAAUUUAUUGGACAGUACACGAUUCCCUUUGAGUGCCUACAGCCAGGUUAUCGUCAUGUUCCAAUGCAGUCCCUAACAGGAGAGGUGUUACCUCACGCUUCACUUUUUGUACACGUGGCAAUCACAAACCGUAGAGGUGGUGGCAAACCUCACAAGCGAGGGCUUUCUGUGAGGAAAGGAAAGAAAUCCAGGGAGUACCCCGCAAUGAGGAUAUUGUUUAUUAAGGCCCUGGAUGAAGUCUUCAAGAAUGCAAUUCAGCCUCUUAAAGAAGGAACGGAUCUAAGAGAGAACAUGCAG